AUGAAAAGGGAAUGGCGCGUGGACAAGGCGGCCGUGCGAUACGGUCAAAGUCAGGGCUUGCAGUCUUUGCCGCUUGGACGGAUUGGGAUAAACGCGCACAAAGAAUGCAACCGCGGCUCCAACGGUCAUUCGACAAUGCAUCUGAUCCACGCCCACACCACCGAGUCAGCGUUUCACCAUCCGCCCUGUCUCUGGCCUCUCCCUGCGCUUGGGAUGAACUUUGGCAGAGGUGCACACAAUCAGGGAGGAAACAAACAAACACUUUUGAAUAGCUACACAUCCAUCUACCUCAGGCAGUCCUCUCCUACGUGCAUACGAAACGGCAUCUUUUCACUUGCAACAAAUCCCGCACCCAUCCCAUCGGUUUCCGACGUAGGUACCGACCUCAAUCCCUCGGUCGCAUUUUGCGGCUUGCCCAUCCACACCGGCGCCCAUCUUCAUCAGCGCACAUGCACGGGCCGCGCUAAGGCAGGGGCCUCCCAACGCCCAUCCUGCCGUGCCUGUCAGGUGGGACGGGAAAAGAAGGCGUUUGUCCGGCCCGAGCUUCAACCACCAGUGAACCAUGACAAGCAGCCCCCAAACUCCAACAUCCCCAUCGUCAUCGCCAACAGGGGACCAACACAUUCAAUCCAUACGGAACUGGCACACAUACACACCACUACUAUUGCUGUGAUACGCGCCGUCUCCUGCGUUUCGUCGCCCGACGUUGUUCCCAUGCAGCCUGGUCCCUUUUCUUUCCCGCCCAAACAGCAUCCUAUCCCGCAGCCUAUCGCCACAUGGGGAUGUAGCAAGAAUGCACCGAAAUAG